CUGAGAGAACAACCUCAACUUCGAUUUCCUUAAUGAAACCCUUCGAUGCCGUUUAGACUUUCCUCCUUGGACUGCACCACAAACAAUUAUUGAUACCUCUUUGAGUUGUAUAUACAGGCGAAAUCACAGCUAUCACACUAGCUUUUGCAAUAGCCGGGACAAGCCCGAAAGCGAAUAUUUUGAUAGUUACGGACUCGAUGAGUGCACUGGCCGGGAUAAAACAAAUGUAUCCCAAAAAUCCGAUUGCCUGUGAAAUCAAGAAGACUCUGCUACACUUCAGAAAUGCAGAAAGAUCAGUGAAAUUCUUGUGGGUGCCCUCUCACACUGGAAUCGCAGGAAAUGAGGAAGCCGAUGAAGCAGCAGCUAGAGCGGUGACCGAUUCAAACAGCAGCCACAAGUUUAAUCAUUCCGAUGUUAAGCUCCUAAUCAAAGACCACAUAAUACAUAGAUGGCAGGAGAAAUGGAACUUUAGCACCAGCAACUUCCACGAAAUUAUGCCUCAGGUUACCACUACUUUGAAUCUGCCAAGCCAUAGAAAAAAUCAAGUAGUAAUUUCGCGAAUGCGCUUUGGCCAUUCGCUUCUGACACACCAGCACCUCUUCAGUAAUGAAGAACCACCAAUCUGCCCCGCCUGCAACACUUCGUUGACAGUCAAACACAUCCUCCUAGAAUGUCCCAGGUAUGAAACCGCCAGACGAGCUAACCACCUCCAGCAAAGCAUACAGGAAAGCAUGACUUCAAACGUGGAUAGUGUUUUACAGUUUCUAAAAGACACUAACCUCUACUAUUGUAUAUAACAGAUGCC